AUGAAUCGUUCACGUGUGAGGUGUCGACGCCGCAACAACAAUUUGCUCCGCACGCCAGGCCUUCGUAAAGACCUCUUAUCCACGGAUAGGGCACUUGAAAUAUCUCAUAUUGCAACUCGCGUCGUGGAAGGUGUGCCAUGGACGGCUAAGGCAACGGACCGCCAUGUCGCCUCUACCAGUGAGCUGGAUCAGAAUUCGGAGAUAAAGUCAGUGGAGAGGGAAGGAAGCAAACGAUGCAUCGCUCAAGCCAGAAAGGCAAAGAACCUGAAAUUUACGAAUGGCAUUCGGAUCCGUACUUUUCGGUCCCUCAAAAGAAUUAAGUCUGGGGCCAGUGUGCAAUCUGUCCUGGGUCGGCGCCCUCCUAUACCCGACACAAGUGACUCACCUCUUGGUAUGACCGAGAAGACUUUCGCAAUAAAAGAUGAGAACCAGUCGCUUCUUGAGUUCGUCUCUCCGGCACCCGAUUUGUUGCCUGGUUGUGACACUUUCUCUUUCAAACAAGAUGUGUGCUCGCCCUCUCUAAAGCUUGGUUUGAACACAAAAUUUCCGUCGCAUUUUGAGGAGACAGUCAUUGAAGGAUUUUCUGUCCUGGCCUUCAACAGCGCUGGUGAUAUGCUCGUAAGUCUCGAGAUUUGCCUUGAUUCUGCAUGUCGAGUGGCUCACUAUGUCAUUUAUUGCUUUUUACCUUAA